AUGUCCUUCCUAUCCCUCCCACCAGAACUAUGUCUCCAAAUCGCCAAACUCCUAAAACCAAAUCGUGAAGCCUUGCGUAACUUUCGCCUGGCAACGAAAUCGGCUUAUGAUAUAACCACCGAAGUCCUCUUCGAAGAAGUUAGCAUACACUAUGGAGUCACCCGCUCCGUCUCACAAAUGAAUGGUUUGGCAGAUUCACCUACAGUACGACCAUCGGUACGAUCGCUAUUUCUGCCUGGUGAAUCGUUUUUUCCUAUUUCCGAAGACUUUACAUUCCCUGAGUACACCAAAUUCCCUUGGACUCGUAAUCCCGAGAGAACUUCAGAUGCUCUCAAACAACCCAAAAAAAGCAAUGCUCGCGGUAAUCACUUGCGAUACCGCGAUCUCGAAACGAACCCCACGAUCUUCCACGAAAGCCCCUCCCGGCCAUGGGUUGAAUACAACCCCAAAUUACAAAGAUACAAACGGCAACGAGAUGAGUAUACCAACUCAUUAGUAAAUCUUAUUAAAUCGCUCCCAAACCUAAAAAGGAUCCAUAUAGCUAUAGGAGUCUUUUGGGCAGCCUUGAGAAUGGACGACUGGUGUAUUCUGUUUAGAGAUACACUUUGGAGGGUUAUUGCUGAUACUGGUGGGGUAUGUGAGAUUGAGAUUUCAAUACCGCGGGCUGUGAAGGCGGUUUGGUUGAUGUUCGGGGGGUAUGACGUGGAGAGGCUACUGGGGGGUGAGAAGGCCGAUGAUGGUCGGGCUGUGGUGUUUCCGAACAUCACAUCCUUCAAAAUAAACGCUAAUUCUCUAUCGCAAGAAGCGCCUGUAUCCAUCCUAAAGCGCGGAUUUACCGGGUUCUUCUCUCAUCUCCCCAAUCUCACCUCCUACAGUUUCAAAAACUCCCACCCUCUCAUCUCAUUCGACUUCCCCCCUCCCGCCUCUAUCUGUCCAAAGCUCUCAUCCCUUCAUCUAUCCAACAUUAAGCUCGAGGGGAACAAUCCCCUAGUAUAUAGAGUAUUUCAAAACACCAUAGCAGGGUGUUCCCUGCUGGAAUACCUAGAGCUAGAUACAAUAGUGAUAGUUCCGACGUAUGACACAAAACCGAUAACUACUCCCACAGCAAUCAGACAGACCGAGGGGUUAUCAUACCUCGCAGCGACGGGUUACUAUCCUACGUACAUAGAUGCAGAAAUAGUUCCACUCGACCUGACUGGUUGUCCCCUUCCAGAUUUAACCUGGGGGGACUUUUUCGCCCUUUGGGCAAAUUCAUUGAAGAUGUUGAAGGGAGUUGGAUUUAGACGGUUGGUCUAUGGGAGGAAAUCAUUGGGUUGGGGGGGCAGGGAUACGAGGGAUAUUUUACUUCCCAUGUCGGAUUCGGAGCCCCGUGCUUUGGCGAGGGAGGUGGGCGGAGGGGAGGUGGAGGUUAUUAGUCCCUUCCGACGGGACUAUUCUGAAUUACAGGCGUUGAAGAGGAAGGUGAGUGGUGGAAGCGGGGAGGGUGCAUUUUGUGGGGAUGGGGAUGGGGAUGGGGGAGGGGGAGGGGGAGGGGGAGGGGAGGUUUGUAGGUAUAAGUAUUGGCGGUUUGGUGAGAUUCCUAAGGCUUUGGGAGGGGGGUGA